AUGGAGCAAGAUUCUGAUGAAAAAAUAAUUAAAUCAUUGAAACUUGCGAUAAUUAGCAGCAUUGUGACAACAAUAAUAGUAUCAGAUCUUAUAGCAGACUCAAUCAUUGACACAAAAUACACGGUAGCUAUUAUUCCGUCAAUUUUUGCAAUAAUAACUAUUCCGGUUACUAUACAUUUAGCGAUGAAUAUAUUUUGUAACAAUUUGAAGCCAACGUCAAAAAACCUAGUAAUUUUUUGCAUAUAUAGUGGAGCAGUCUCAAUUUUAUGCUUUAUGAUUUUGUGUGCUUUAUCUGUUGACAAAAUAAUAGAAAUAUCUUGAUGGUUAAUAUGAUUACCAGGACUUUUUGCCAUAUUAACUUAUUUCAUAUUUUGUGUUUUUUUAAUUCCAGGAUUGCUUGAUCCAAUUAUUAACUUAAAAAGAUAUGCUUUUCUACUUGCAAUUUGGCUUGUUACUUUGCUUGCUUCAUUAGGAUUAUUAGGAUGGUACUUAGAAGAUACUGAAAUAUCGGACAGAUUUAUAUAUAUGUGAAUUCCAUUGAUGGUUUCUUCACUAAUUAAUCUAUUCGUGAACUAUGCGUAUUAUAGAGAGGAUACAUCUUCCACAUACUUAUUACUGAUUGAAAAUUUAACUUGCCUUUACAUUUUGAUGUUUAGUAUUUUAAUAAUACUUAGUCUAACUGUAUUGGAAAUCCGCACGACCAUUAUCUCACUUCCUCUUUUAGCAUUUUUUGCAACAUUAGUUUACUUCGAAAUUUCAGACAGUGUAAGACCAAAAAGUCCACUACACGAACAACUAUCAAAUAAAUUUUAA